GUUUCGUGAAAGAUCGAUCACUCUAAUGGCGGAGCAGCAGCAUGGAACGGCGUCACAGCCGCCGUCGCCGGCGCCGUUGACGCAGCAAUCGCAACAGAGGCAGCAGCGGGAUGAGAUGAUGGCUUGUGUGGCGGCGCUGGAGGCUGCGUUGCUGCCUUGCCUCCCUGCGCGCGAGCUCCAGGCCGUCGAUCGCUCCGUUCACUCCUCCCACCAGAUUGAUGUUGAGAGACAUGCAAGGGAUUUUAUGGAGGCUGCAAAGAAGCUCCAAUUAUAUUUCAUAGGUCUCCAACACGAGGAUCAACCAAGCAAGGAAGAAAUGUUGAGGAAGGAGAUCUCUCUUGUGGAAGAAGAGCUGAAGAUCAAAGGUGAGCUUAUCACAAAGCAUGAGAAACUCAUUCAAGGUUGGAGAAAAGAGCUCAAAGACCAGCUGGAGAAACAUACGAAUGAGUUAGAAAGAGUCUGAUUUGAAUAUUUCUUAUUUCUCUGGUCAUCAUAACUUUGUAACCUUCCUUAGCAAUGCUGAACUUGUAGGUGACUAGAUGUUCAAUCUUUUUCCUAUAACAGGUUAUUGUACUCAUGUGAAUACAUAUAUGUACGUCACAAUGGCAUAUUUAUGCAAACGAUAAUUAAUUCAUAACUUCUUUUGCUUGUA